AUUGCCCACUGGUGGUCCCGGUAGUAACAAAAAUGAAACUGAUAGGUAAAAAAGGGGACUUCUGAGCUAUGUAUUAUAUUUAACCUGAAAACGAUAUUUUUCAUAAUAUUGUUAGAAGAUUAUUAAGAAGUUGAGCAAAAAUGAAGGAUAUAGGAGGUACAGUAGCAACAACUUUUCGAGAAACAUUUAAACUAGUUAACAAAGAAACUUUACGAUGGUUUCCUGGACAUAUGGAUAAAGGUUUAAAGCAAAUGGAACAACGUUUGAAGAAUGUUGAUUGUAUAAUAGAAGUACAUGAUGCUAGAGUACCAGUUUCAGGACGUCAAGCAGAUUUUCGUCGUACUUUGACCGGUUUAAAACCACAUAUUUUUGUGUUAAAUAAGAUUGAUUUGGCAGACUUAAAAUUUAAGAAGCAAAUAGUAUCUCAUUUACAGAAUGAAGGAUUGUCUAAUAUUCUUUUUACUAAUUUCAAAGAUUCUACUUGUAAGGGAAUGAAAAAGAUAUUACCUUUGGCAAAAAAAUUAAUAUUAAAUUCUGAACGAUAUAAUAGAAGUAAUGAAGAGUCUUUUGCGAUGAUGAUCAUCGGUAUACCUAAUGUAGGAAAAUCUUCUUUAAUCAAUCGUUUAAGAAAUACUCAUUUAAAAAAAGCAAAAGCUACACAAGAAGGACCUAUAGCAGGAGUAACACGGUCCGUACUAACUCAUAUAAAAAUAUCUGAAAAUCCAGAUUUCUUUUUAUUGGACACUCCAGUUAAAAUGUUCGCGAGAAUGACAUUUUACCCGACGUUAUUAUACAAUAUAUUUAUGGAAAAAAUAACGUCAAGAAAUUGGUAUGAUAGAAUCGACGAGACUGUAAUUUUGGGUGCAUUGCCUUUUCGAACUAUGUCAAAACAGUUAAUUGAAAAAGAAAACUUGAAAGCGGUAGUUUCUAUGAACGAGGAUUAUGAACUAUUCUUACUAUCUAAUUCAGAAAAGGAAUGGAAGAAAUAUAAUGUCGAAUUUCUACAACUAUCAACAACAGAUAUUUUUGAGGCACCUUGUCAGACAAAAUUAAAAACCGGUGUAGACUUUAUAAAUAAAUUUCGAAGCACGAACAGAAAAUUGAAUAAUGAUAAUCAUAAUAAUCUCAAAGAGUCAGAAACAGUUUAUGUCCAUUGCAAAGCAGGCAGAACACGUAGUGCAACACUCGUUGGAUGUUACUUAAUGAUGAAAAAUGGUUGGAUUCCUGAAGAAGCAGUGGAUUAUAUGAAAAGUAAAAGGAGACAUAUAUUACUUCACAGAGCCCAAUGGCAUUCAUUAAGACUUUUUUAUGAAACACAUGUAAAAAAUCAACAACAAAGGUAAAAAGUAAAUUACAAAUAAUAU